CAACGCCGCACCGCACAGGAACAUUCCUCCCGCGAAAGGAGAAAUUUUUUCCAGUGCGCAAUUUCUAAAAUUUCCAUCUCCUGCUUCAAUGCCAUCAUCGUCAUCAUAUGCACACAAGAGUUUCCACCAUUAAAUUCGAUCGAUUUCGCCAUUUGUUCCGAUCAAUCAGCUCUCAAUCUGCGCCAUUUAUCAGCUCGUUUGUCCGAAAUUGAGUAUCUCAGAUUUUAUUCUUCACCUCCUGCAGAUCUCUCGGUCGGUUUUUACCUUUUUUGGUUUCGUGAUCUCGUCUGUUUGAGGAUUCUGCUGAAGCAUUUGAGUUCGGAUUUUGAGGAAAAUUCUUCAGUAAUCAUAGCUGGAUCUGGUUGAGCUAUCUCGGAGCUUUUAAACGGGCACAACCAUGAAUCCGUUUUCCUCUGGCACGCGGAUGAGGGACAUGAUUAGAGCCAUACGUGCAUGCAAAACUGCAGCCGAGGAACGAGCUGUUGUAAGAAAAGAAUGUGCUGCAAUUCGAGCUGCAAUUAGUGAAAAUGACCAAGAUUAUAGCCAUCGCAAUUUGGCGAAGCUCAUGUUUAUUCACAUGCUUGGAUACCCAACACAUUUUGGUCAAAUGGAGUGCCUGAAGUUAAUUGCAUCACCGGGAUUCCCAGAGAAGAGAAUAGGAUACCUUGGCCUUAUGUUGCUUCUUGAUGAAAGACAGGAAGUUCUGAUGCUUGUCACCAACUCAAUAAAACAGGAUCUAAACCACACCAACCAGUAUAUUGUUGGACUUGCUCUGUGUGCCUUGGGGAAUAUCGGUUCUGCAGAGAUGGCUCGUGAUCUUGCCCCAGAUGUUGAAAGAUUACUUCAAUUUAGAGACCCAAAUAUACGGAAAAAAGCAGCGUUAUGCACAAUAAGGAUAAUUAAGAAAGUACCAGACCUGGCAGAGAACUUCAUAAAUCCUGCAGCUGCCUUACUGAAGGAAAAGCAUCACGGUGUCUUAAUAACAGGAGUCCGACUAUGCACGGAUCUGUGCAAAAUCAGUGAUGAGGCUCUUGAGUAUUUCAAAAAGAAAUCCAUCGAUGGCUUAGUCAAACUUCUAAGGGAUCUUACGAACAGUCCAUACGCACCUGAGUAUGAUAUUUCUGGGAUUACAGAUCCUUUUCUUCAUAUUCGAUUGCUCAAGCUCUUGCGCGUUUUGGGCGAAGGAGAUGCUGAUGCUAGUGAUAUCAUGAAUGAUCUUCUUGCCCAGGUGGCAACCAAAACUGAGUCAAACAAAAAUGCUGGGAAUGCCAUCCUCUAUGAAUGUGUUGCUGCAAUAAUGAGCAUUGAGGAUAAUGGAGGGUUAAGGGUGCUUGCUGUCAAUAUAUUGGGAAGAUUUUUGUCCAGCCGGGACAACAAUAUCAGAUAUGUCGCGUUGAAUAUGCUGAUGAAAGCUAUGGCCUUAGAUAGUCAAGCAGUGCAAAGGCAUCGGGCCACAAUUCUGGAAUGUGUAAAGGAUUCAGAUGCUUCAAUUCGUAAAAGGGCCCUUGAGCUUGUUUAUCUUCUGGUAAAUGAAAACAAUGUGAAGCAGUUGACGAAGGAGCUUGUUGACUAUCUUGAAGUUAGUGACCUUGAAUUUAAGGGAGACCUCAGUGCCAAAAUUUGCUCUAUUGUGGAGAAGUUUUCCCCUGAGAAAAUAUGGUAUAUCGAUCAGAUGCUGAAGGUCCUAUCAGAGGCUGGAAAUAAUGUGAAGGAUGACGUGUGGCAUGCCCUUAUUGUUGUAAUUACUAAUGCUCCUAAUCUCCAUGGUUACACGGUAAGAUCGCUGUACAAGGCUGUGCAAAGGAAAACUGAACAGGAAACUCUUCUUCGUGUAGCUGUUUGGUGCAUUGGAGAAUAUGGCGACAUGCUGAUUAGUAAUGCCGGAAUGCUUGAUAUAGAGGACCCAAUAACCGUAACAGAGGCUGAUGCUGUUGAUGUUGUAGAAACUGCAAUUGGACGCGAUUCUUCCGAUCUCAUGACUCAAGCUAUGUGCUUGAUUGCUUUGUUAAAGCUAUCGAGUCGAUUUCCUUCCGUUUCAAAGAGGGUAAAUGACAUUAUUCACCAUCAAAAACGAAGCCUUGUGCUUGAACUGCAACAGAGAGCAAUUGAGUUUAAUUCUAUUAUCGGGAAGCAUGAGAAAAUCAGGUCUGCAUUGGUAGAAAGGAUGCCAGUACUUGAUGAGGCAACUUUCAGUGGGAGGAGAGCUGGUUCUGUGCCAAAUGCAGUUUCAACUUCGCAAGGAGCUCCACCAAAAAUUCCUAAUGGAGUUGCCAAACCCGUAUCACCUCCUCUAGUUGAUUUGCUCGAUCUUAGUUCUGAUGACGUUCCAAUCUCUGGCCCCUCUGGCGGAGAUUUUCUUCAGGAUCUACUUGGAGUCGAUAUGUCCCCAGCUCCUUUACAAGGAACCAAUCAGACCAACAAAAGUGGUACCGAUAUGUUGCUGGACCUUUUGUCAAUUGGAGCUCCUCCAGCACAAAGUAGCUCAUCCACGCUCGAUAUUUUAUCUAUAAGUCAAGAUAACCAAAGCGCAGGGGACCUUUCGGGGAAAUUGCCCACGCCCUCGCCUUCAGUGCAAGCUUCUAACCCUGCUGGAAGUUCUUCAAUGAUGGAUUUGUUGGAUGGUUUUGGAGCCAGCCCAUCUGUGCCCGGUAAUCAUCAUUUUGCAGUAACCGACGUCCCAACCUAUCCAUCAAUUGUUGCAUUCGAGAGCAGCUCCCUGAAAGUAACAUUCAACUUCUCAAAGGAGCCUGGCAGCCCGCAGACCACAUUAAUCGAGGCUCAAUUUAUGAACAAGUCACCUAAUAUCUACUCAAAUUUUGUAUUCCAGGCUGCAGUUCCCAAGUUUCUUCAAUUGCACUUGGAUCCUGCUAGCAGCAAUACACUUCCUGCGAGUGGCGAUGGUUCGAUCACGCAGACGUUGCGAGUUUCGAACAGCCAACACGGCAAGAAAUCUCUUGUCAUGCGUAUGAGGAUAAAUUACAAGGCGAACGACAAAGACAUCCUCGAGGAGGGACAGAUCAACAACUUCCCCCGUGGUCUGUGAGGCAACGUCCCGGCCCUUGACAAUAUAACUCAUUUUAAAUUUUCACAGUAAAGAAGCAUCCUUCGUCUCUCGGUCGUUUGAGGCAAAAUUUUGUCAUGUCGUUCUGACUGUCGGGACAGCAGCAUUUGGACUCUUCGAGUGGCUCAACCGGGUACCCUUCGAGUGCUUCUAUUUUACUCAGUCAUUUCUUCCCCUGAAUGGGUUACUUUGUGUACAUUGUUACAAGAAAAAGAAUGUUCAAAAAUUUUGUGCCAAAACUUAUUUCUACUCAACAAGGUCUUGAAUUCUGAUUUUGUAAGCCUAAUUUGUCAUAGAACUGUCUGUAUUCAAUUGAAGAAGCAUUUUUGUAAUUUAGACUUUUCAAAAUAUUCUGAUUUUG